GGGAUAUUUGGCGCCAACUGUCAAACAUCAAAACAAAUCCUUAAUAUGUUUUACUUGUUUUCCGAUUUUCUUGCGGAUUUGCAAAAAAAAUCGCAAUUGCUAUGAGUCAGGCCAGCAAUUCUGGUGGUCGAGGAGGGGGUUGGCGUGGCAACUGGCGGGGUCAGGGAUGGAGAGGUCGAGGAGGCUUCAGGGGCCGGGGCCAAUACAACAACAAUAGACGAGGUCGAGGGCGUGGUGCAGGGAUGAUGAUGCCAGACUCAGCUCAAAACCCUUCUCGUCGUCCGACCCUUGUUCAGACAAGGAUUGAUGUAGCUUCACCAUACACUGGCUGGAAAUUCUACUUCCCUGAAGAGGUGUAUAGUGACCAUUCACCAAAUGUAAAGAAAAUACAGACCUUUGAAAAAUACUUUCUCAGCUGGAUAAAAAUGUUUGACUUGGAUAACAUAGAGCAAAUGGGAAACUUUACAGUUGAUUUCAAAGAGCUUUGUGAUGAUGAAAAUAUAACUGAGGGUUACCCCACCUUCCAAACUGAGCUGAGGGAAAUGCCACUGAAGAUUGUGUCAUGUCUUGGAUUAGCAAUGCAUCAGCAUAUCAGCCAGAAGCGUAUGCGGGAGGCGCGGGCUGCAGCCCAGGAGAGCGGGGUGGAGAUUACCCCAGAUGACUAUUUUGUUCCUGUUGUACAUGCCCGUAUUUUCAACUAUGGAAACCCUGUCCCUCUGAAAAAUCUAAAGGCUAACUAUUAUGGAAAGUUUGUUUCUGUGAAGGGAACAGUUGUUCGUGUGAGCAACAUCAAGCCGCUAUGUACCGUGAUGGCUUUCCAAUGCAACACCUGCUCUGAAACACAGACCAUGAAUCUCCCAGAUGGCAAAUACACGGUGCCUACAAGUUGUGCUGGAGCCAACUGUAGAGCAAGGCAGUUCCAGCCACUCAGAAGUUCUAACCUGACAGAAACUAUAGAUUGGCAGACAAUCAGGCUUCAGGAGAUCAUGGGAGAUGACCAGAAGGAGGCUGGCAGGAUUCCCCGUACUGUUGACUGUGAACUGACACACGACCUUGUUGACAGUUGUGUGCCAGGAGACAUAGUGACAGUAUCUGGUGUGAUCAAGGUCAACAGUGUGGAUGAAGGUCGUACUAAAAACAAGGACAAGUGUAUGUUUCUGCUGUACGUACAUGCCAACUCUGUGUGCAACAGUAAAGGUCGUGGGGGGUCAGGCAGUGGGGAGGGGCUGGCUGUGGACUUUACCAUGAAGGAACUGUAUGGCAUUGAGAUGAUCCAGAGUGAGGAGAACCUCUUCAGACUCCUUGUGGGAUCAGUGUGCCCCAGUAUCUAUGGUCAUGAGCUUGUGAAGGCAGGGCUGGUCCUGGGCCUGUUUGGAGGAACACAUAGGUUCACCAAUGACAAGAAUCGGAUCCCAGUGCGAGGAGACCCUCACCUCCUGAUUGUUGGGGAUCCAGGUCUUGGCAAGUCUCAGAUGCUGCAAGCUACAGCCAACAUAGCCCCAAGAAGUGUGUACGUUUGCGGUAACACGACCACGACCUCUGGUCUUACUGUGACCCUGUCUAAGGAUGGAGGCUCAGGAGACUACGCCUUGGAGGCUGGGGCUCUGGUGCUGGCUGACCAGGGGUGCUGUUGUAUAGAUGAGUUUGACAAGAUGACCAAUCAACACCAGGCACUUUUGGAGGCUAUGGAGCAGCAGUGUAUCAGCAUCGCCAAGGCUGGUAUCGUCUGUAGCUUACCAGCCCGGACCUCUAUACUGGCAGCAGCCAACCCUGUAGGUGGACACUACAAUAAGGCCAAAACAGUCGCUGAAAACCUUAAGAUGGGAUCCGCGCUGUUAUCCAGGUUUGACCUGGUGUUUAUCCUGCUGGACAAGCCGGAUGAGCAGAUGGACAGUAUGAUGUCUGAGCAUGUCAUGUCCAUGCACUCCAGGCAACACAGGGCACAGUCUAAAGCAGCUUCAAGUUUUGCAGAUGUCAGUAUGAAUGAGUCGGUUUUGCUGGCGGAGUCGGAACGCCCUCUCAAUGACAGACUUAAAGUCACCCGCAGACAGCCCAUUGACCCUAUACCCCCACCUCUCCUCAGGAAAUAUGUAGGCUAUGCCCGGAAGUAUGUCCAUCCAAAGAUCGGCCCAGAGGCAGCCAAGGUGAUCCAGACGUUCUACCUUGAGUUGCGUCGUCAGCACCAGACCCAGGACAGUACGCCGAUCACAACAAGGCAGCUGGAGUCCCUGAUCCGACUCACAGAGGCACGUGCUAGGCUGGAACUGAGGGAGAUUGCCUCCAGGGAAGAUGCAGAGGAUGUGAUAGAAAUAAUGAAGUACAGCAUGGUAGACACUUACUCAGACCAGUUUGGAGGGCUGGAUUUCCUCCGAUCACAGCAUGGCUCGGGCAUGAGUGGAAAAGCACAGCCGAAGAAAUUCAUAGCUGGGUUACAGCGGAUCUCGGAACAGACUUACAACUCCAUCUUUACCAUCCAGCAGAUGCAACAGAUUGCAAGGGACCUUGGUCUGACCAUCCCAGAUUUUGGAUCCUUCCUUGGUUCCCUGAACAACCAAGGAUUUUUGCUGAAAAAGGGACCCAAGGUCUACCAGCUACAGACUGCUGACUACUAGACCACCAGUAGGGGUCAUGGAGGAGAGAUUACAGAUUACUGAAUACCUGCAUGUACAUGUAUAUGUGGUUUAAAAAAUAGGUCUUAAUUGGUUGUAGAUUAACUGAGAAAGUACUGAAAUUUACAUAAAUGAAAUGUUGAGGAAGAUUGUUGAUCAAUAAGUCAGAAUUAAAUUUUAUUGUGAUAAGUCUUGGUAUUCAAAGAAAUUAGGACUGUCAAACUAAUAAGUGAUAUUCACCAGUUUGUGUUCAGGACAUUGGAGACAUAGGACUAGUUAAGGGAUCCUGAAACAGUCAGGAAUGAACGAAUGACUAUAAAUUUGUUUAUUAUUCUUUGUAUUGUGAUAGUGUUUAUUGUUAUUGUUGAAUCAUUGAAUAAAAUUGCAUAAGUUA